AAAAAAUUAUACAAAUAUAGAGUAGUUUUUAUCUCGGAAUUAAAUACACGAGCAAAAUGUUAAAGCAGUUAUUCAGUUAAGAAAAGGUGAGAAAAUUCAUUUGAAAAAUUAAAAAUCGCUGUAUUUUAUUAGAAAAAUACGAUUUUUUUGGUGACAAUAGAAUACAUAUUUUUUUCAAACUGCGAACAUGAGAAUUUGGAUCAAUUUUUUAUUGGUUUUUCACCUAUCCAUGGUGAGCUUCGGUGCAAAGCAGACUACCCUAAAGAAGCAGACUACCCUGAAAAAGAAGACCACCUACGACCCAACUAAAUUCCAGGUCACCUACGAUCCAAUUAAAGAAGUAAUUUUGCCAUCAGGCGAUCAACACAACGCGACUGUGUUUUUCUUACAUGGACAAGGCAGAUCGGGCUUUUCACAAAGAAAUUAUAUUAUGAACGUUACACGAGAUGGACAGACGGUAGUUUUACCCAAUUUCAAAUUCAUAUUUCCUAGUGCUCCGAAGAGACGUUUUACCCUUCAUAAUCGCAGCAUGGAACGAAUAUGGUAUGACAUAGAUUACAUUGGCCGUAAUCAGACAGAAGACUUGACAACAAUGGAGAAAUCAAUUCAAGGUUUACUCAAACUUAUCCGCCAAGAAAUCAACCAAACAGGACUUUCCUGGAAUCGUAUAGCAAUAGGUGGCUAUGGAAUGGGAGGAAAAAUGGCUCUGCAUAUGGGCUACCGAGUUCUGGUUGAAAUCGGAGCGAUCUUUUCUUUAAAUGGAUUUUUACCCGAAAAUUCAACAGUUUUUACUGCGAUUGAAAAAACACUCAGCGAUGGAGAUAGAUUACCAGAGUUAUUUUAUGGUAAAACCGAACUACUAGAAAAUAAAGACGACGAGGAUCACGAAUGGCAUGAGAAAACAUAUCACGAGCUAGAAGCAAUGGGUGUAAAAGGCAAGUAUUCGGUUGCAAAUCAGGGAGGAGAGACGAAAAGCGAUUCAGUGAUGGACGAUUUGUGGAACUGGUUGAAUUGUACAUUGCUUGGUAACUCAAAAUAAAAAAUUUCAAGUUGGAAAUCAUUUUUGACAAAAAAGGUACCAUUUUUUCUGAAUUCAGAAACUCGUUCUGAAUCAUUCAAGAAACAUGAGUUCAGGUUCUGAGAGAUG